AUGACAACAACAACUCAUCCAGAGUACAAUGAGAAUACUGAAGCCUUGGACGUUGCGAAAGCAUUUCCGGAAGCCAUUCGAGGCAAAGCGAUCAUCGUCACGGGGGUCAACCGGAAGGGCAUUGGCUUCACUACCGCACAGGCUUUUGCCUCACAAUCUCCUGUACAUCUGAUCGUGGCAGGCCGUGACAUGUCCAAACUCCAAGAAUGCAUCGAUGAGCUCAACCAGCAAUGGCCGAACGUGGACUAUCGCUCGCUAAAGCUGGAUCUCUCUAGUCAGAAAGCCGUCCGCACUGCUGCUAAUGAGGUUCUCUCGUGGAACGAUGUGCCCUUCAUCAACAUCCUAGUGAACAAUGCUGGCGUAGCGAAUAUCCCCAAACACACGAUCAAUGAUGAUGGGAUUGAACUGCAUCUCGCGACAAACCAUAUCGGACACUUUUUGUUCACCAACCUCGUCAUGCCAAAACUCCUCAAGGCAGCGGAGACCAGCCCUAAAGGAGUAACGCGUGUGGUCAAUGUCAGCUCUGGCGCGGCCGAAAUAGGCGGUAUCAGAUGGAGUGACAUCAACUUUGAAAAAAUUUCCACGGAUCUGCCUGAGGUGGAACGCCCGAACUACAAGGUGCUCGAAGCCUGGGGAAUCCAUGAUGGGCCCAACAUGGCAUACAUCCCAUUGAUGGGAUAUGCGCAAAGCAAGGCGGCGAAUGUGCUUUUUGGCAUCGGACUCACCAAACGAUUGUAUGACACCCACGGCAUAUUGAGUGUUGGCGUUCAUCCGGGAGUAAUCGCGACAGAGCUGUCGAGGUAUGCAACGAAAGAAGAGAUGGAUGCAAUCAAGGCGAGAGCCCAGAAGGGGGAGUUUAACUACAAAACGUCCGGUGCAGGAGCGUCGACGGGCUUGGUUGCUGCCACAGACCCCAAGCUAGGCGUUAGCGAGACCAAAGAUGGGAUCGAGGGAUGGGGAGCGUACCUCAAGAAUUGUCAGAUCUCUCACGACGCCCAUGCUCGAGCGAAAUCGGCCGACGAGGCUGAAAAGCUCUGGAAACUAUCAGAGGAGCUUGUAAAGGAGAAAUUUUCUUGGUGA